GUCCUAUCUCCGUUCCUCAAACCACGUGAGCCCCACUGCCCACUUUCACGCGUGCUCGAUCCGACGGCCAAUAUGUUAUCCGCAUUAGGCGCAAACCAUUUCCGUAGCCCAAAACUCAAAUCCAACGGUUCCUGUUGUCCUGUUCGACUCCUCCCUGUCCGAACCAUAUAGCUCACAGCCCAUUAAAACCACAGCCCGGAAAUAAUUAAGCACAUCCAAACACUACCAGUACGACAGUACCCGCUCCUCUCUAGAACCCACACUCUCUAUCUCUCUCUCUCUCUCUCUCUCUCUCUCUCUUGCAGCCCUGCUCCGACUUUAAUCGAUAGAUCUUGAGCAUAAAUCGGGGGGAAGAGCUUCGGAGAAACCCUAGUCGAAGUUGGAGUUCGUUUUUCUUAUAUAACUGGAAGGAGAAAAAUAAAGAUGCCGUGGACUUCCUCUUCUGCGAAUUACGAACUGAACUGCGUUCGCUUGGUGGUGUUCUUUCGUGUCAUACUGUAGCUUUAUUUCGUCCGGGUGGUUUGUGAAGGAAUUUAUUAGCUAGCAUUCUUUUUUUAAUUUGAAACUGGUUGGAGAGAGAAUGUACAUUGGAGUUACCAUAAAAAGAUAUCGUGCAGUGAAAGAAGUUGGGCAGAUUAAAAUGAGUGUCAGGGUCAUCGCAUACUACCAAUUGAUACAAGCUUGCCAGGCUGAGUAUUUCCGUCAGUUGCUUAAACCUGUUACGUAGUCUUCUAUUUUCAAGUUCUGGGACACUGGGAUUUGGAUUGACUGCCUUUGAUUGGAUUCACACUAAAGAAGGCAGUGACAGAGAUGAAACAUUUGAUGAUGGCAACUGUUUGUUUGGAAAAACUGCCGGAAACGUCAACACUUUAAUCAACUAGUUAGUAUUCUCAUCACCUUAGGAACUUUCAUCCAAUCGAGGUUUGAAUAAUUGCAAGUGUAGAAGUGGGAACUCCAGCAUUUCUGCAGACUUUUAAUUACGUAGGAAAUAGGAUUAUCAAUGCAGGGUGACCAGCAAUUUUUCCGUCAAAAGGCUGUUCUCCCUCUACCAAAUCAAGUGGGGAACAGUUAUGUGCACACUCCAGUUGCACCUGCUUUUGGUGCACUGUUGAAUUCGAGUGCUAAGUACUCGACACCUUGUCAAGGUGUCGAAUUUCAACCUUCUGAGGUUUGCCCCAAGAAUUUUAUUAUCUUUGAUCAAACAGAUCACCGGAGCCAGAUUAUGUUCCAUCCUUGGAUUUCCAACAAAUGUAAUGCUCCUGGCACUGGUGCAACCUGCAUUGAAGUGAAAGAAGUUGAUUGCGUGGAAAGAGAAAUAUCAUUGCCACUGAAAGAGGAUUCAGAUGAUAUUGAUUUUUUGUUGAGUUUAGAAGAGGAUGGACAAGAAUAUGAUGACGAAGAGGUUAGCACAGCCCGAACUAGUGGAGAUCAUAGAAGCUCAUCUCCUGAUUCUGUCUCCAGCUAUUGUUCAAAACCAAAGAAAAAUAGAUUUUCUUCUUCUAUUCAGAAGUCCUCGAGCAGUAGUGACAGCUGCAACAAUGAAAGGAAACGGCAGAAAAUGAAGAAGAUGGUGAGGGCAUUGAGAGGGAUAGUACCUGGUGGCAAUCAAAUGAAUACUGCUGCUGUGCUAGAUGAAGCCGUUAGGUACCUCAAGUCUCUCAAGGUUGAAGUACAGAAGCUUGGAGUUGAGGAUUCAAAUGAUGUCUAAAGUUUAAAAGCCGUGGUAAGGAUGACUGAACCCUCGUUCUUGUUCUCUCUCAUUAAGUUUAUGUGUUAUUUAGGUCUCCACCCGUACCCUCGCACGCAUGUUCUCUCUCGAUUGCAACAAGAUGGCAUUAGGGGAAUAAUCAUUGCCGUUGUCAGUGAGACUCACUGUUGUGUAAGAAAACCAAUUUAUACUUGUAUUAAUGGAGUCUGCUCCACAAACAGUGACUUGCGUGUUUGAACUAUUAGUUUCUACUAUGACCUCUGCUUUAUAGUAAUUGAAGGGACAGCCACCACUUCGAUCUA